CCGGGACCCCAGCUUCCUGACAGUUGCAGGAGCUGACGGCUGUGCGCGGCGGCUCCUCGGCAGAGGGUUUGGAGUUCUCGGGUGUUGAGGUGAAACAUGUCUGUGAAGACCCUGACCGAGGUCCUGGGGGACGCCCUGGAGAACCUGGGCAAGGAAGACUUCCACCGGUUCGAGCGCCGGCUGCUGGACCGCCGGGCCGAGCCGCGCGUGAGGCGCAACCGCGUGGAGGACAAGAGCCGCCUGGAGGUUGCCGAGGUCAUGGUCAACACCUUCACCGAGGCGGAGGCCUGGCGCGUGGCCGCGGAGGUGCUCAAGAAUAUCGGCUGCGUGGGGGACGCAGAGGACCUGGAGAAGGAGGCCAUGAAGAUCUCCCCAGGUCCCGGAUCUGCUGCAGGUCGGUGUCCUGGAUCCGUGCAGGGUUCCGGGUCGGGUUCCGGGUCGGGUCAGCAGGCCUCAGCCUCCGCUCCUGCUCUCUUCUGUCUUUCAGCUCCACACUUCGUGGAUCAGCACCAGAGUGAGCUGAUCAAAAGGGUGACCAACGUGGAGCCCAUCCUGGACCAGCUGCUGGACCGCAAAGUCCUCCAGCAGGAGUGCUACGACCAGAUCCGGGCCCUCAGUACCCACCAGGCCCAGAUGAGGGAGCUGUUCUCAGGACCGCUGCAGGCCGGCCGGGGGGCCAAAGACGUCUUCUACGAGAUCCUGAAGGAGCAGGAGAAGUUCCUGGUGGAGGAGCUGACCCAGGAGCGGUGAGGGUCCGGUUCCCCGAACAGACCGGAGGAUCCCGCUCACGUCCGGCCAAAAGGAGACCAAAUCCAGAGUCACAGGACGGAUCACCUGGCACCGAUCCGUUUUAAUGAACCCAUUAAAGGUUGUAUGGAGGAUUUUCCAUGGAGAGAGAAAUCCAGUGACAGUUAGUCCUUUUUGAAAUGCUGCCAUGCGUGAUCCACACCCCUCCCCCCUGCUCUCUCCGGAGGACCGCCUCCUCCUGACGCAGAAAGUAGCAUGUAGCAUGUGUAUCUGUGUGGCUGCAGCCUGCAGGCUAAACAAACCCCCCCCCCCCCCUUCCCCCCCUCCUCUCACU